AUGUGCAACGGCUCGGUUUCGAGUUCGGACUCGGAUUCGGGCUCAAACGGGUGGGCAAAGGCCCGUGGUGUUGUGCUGAAAACCUUGGUCGUAGUCGGCGGCGCGUUGCUGCUGAAGCGUCUCACAAAGUCCACCACCCGCUGGGACCACACGCGCAUCGUUUCAGACUCACUCGCCGGCGAGAAGUUUUCGAGGGAUCAAGCAGCGAAGGACCCGGACAAUUAUUUCAAUUUGAGAUGGCUUUCAUGCCCAGCAGCAGAAAUGGUGGAUGGUUCAAGGGUUUUGUACUUCGAACAGGCAUUCUGGAGAACUCCUCGCAAACCAUUUAGGCAGAGAUUUUUCAUGGUAAAGCCUUGUUCGAAGGACAUGAAAUGUGAUGUUGAGCUUAGUACCUAUGCAAUCCGGGAUUCAGAGGAAUACAAGAACUUCUGCGAUCGGUCAAAGGACCAAAGGCCACAGCCUGAAGAAGUAAUUGGGGACAUUGCGGAGCAUUUGACCACCAUUUACCUCAAACGAUGUGAUCGAGGCAAACGUUGUUUAUAUGAAGGCUCAACUCCUCCAGAUGGAUUUCCUAAUUCAUGGAAUGGGGCAUCAUUUUGUACAUCGGAACUUACAGUUUUGAAGAACGGCGAAAUACACACGUGGGACAGAGGCUAUGAUGAGAAUGGGAAUCAAAUCUGGGGAGGAAAGGAUGGGCCUUACGAGUUUAAACCUGCUCCACAGUCGAGUUAUAGCGAUCCAUUUUCGUCAUUAACUUUUCCCCCGCAAUUCAUGGAGAAAAGGAUAGAUGGUUCGUUUGUUCUCCAAGAAUGA